CUAUUUCUUCGAUGUUUCUCUUCAAAACCCUAGUUAGCCUCUUCUUGUUUCUCCUGCAAUCAACGACACCCCCCCAAAAAUGACAGGAGAGACAGUGAACCCAAAAGCUUACCCUUUGGCCGAUGCGCAACUCGCAAUAACAAUACUGGAUCUUGUGCAACAAGCUGCCAACUACAAGCAACUCAAAAAGGGUGCUAAUGAAGCGACCAAGACACUGAACAGAGGCAUCUCUGAGUUCGUUGUGAUGGCCGCGGACACUGAGCCUCUUGAGAUUCUUCUCCAUCUUCCUCUCCUAGCUGAGGAUAAGAAUGUUCCCUAUGUAUUCGUCCCAUCAAAGCAAGCCCUUGGGCGAGCAUGUGGAGUCACACGGCCAGUGAUUGCAUGUUCUGUAACAACUAAUGAAGGAAGUCAACUGAAAUCCCAAAUUCAGCAACUAAAGGAUGCUAUUGAGAAGCUGUUAAUUUGAAAUUUUGAUAUUCGGUAUGACGGGCUUCUUGAGUUGUGCUGACUGCUCCUUUAGAGGCUUUGACUGGACGACAUGUUGUGUUCAAUAGACAAAGUUGUUUUAUGUGUAAACCUAAAUUUUUAUUUAUUUCUGCCGGGAAAGAUUGUUUAAAAGUAAUUUUGAAGUUAGCUCAACUGAUGUUUUACACUUCUGUUAUAAACUGUUCAAUGCUAUGUAUGUGGGGGUGCUGUUAAGAAAAUUUAAACUACCUGAUCAUUUUUGUCAUGUUCUUUUUGGAUAACUCAAAA